GCGGCCAAGGAAGGAGGCAGUGCUGGUGGGCGUGGCUUACACUGGCCGAAGAGGGGGGGCUGGAGGCUUUACCAAUCACCGAGCGCCCUGUUGGCCGUUCACUUGGUGUUUCGUUCCCUCCGCUGGUGGGCCGCCUAGUCCCAGAAUCCAAGAUGGCGGGGUCCAGGCGCGGGGGUCCCCGGGCUGGGACCAGGGCCGGGCCUGGGCCGCUGCUCUGCGUGCUGCUGCUGUCUCUGAGCCGUUUCUCCAGCGCCCAAGGAGCGGGUGGAGACCCCGCAGCCGGUGGAGGGGCUCCCGCCGCCACUCCGGUCCCUCAGCCCCAUCGCCGGUUCGAGUACAAGUACAGCUUCAAGGGGCCGCAUCUGGUGCAGAGCGACGGGACCGUGCCCUUCUGGGCCCAUGCGGGGAAUGCGAUACCUAGUUCAGACCAGAUUCGAAUAGCUCCAUCUUUGAAAAGCCAGAAAGGAUCAGUCUGGACAAAAACAAAAGCUGCAUUUGAAAACUGGGAAGUUGAGGUGACAUUUCGAGUCACUGGAAGAGGACGAAUUGGAGCUGAUGGCCUAGCAAUUUGGUAUACAGAAGGUCAAGGUUUGGAAGGUCCUGUGUUUGGAUCGGCUGAUAACUGGAAUGGUGUUGGAAUUUUCUUUGACUCCUUUGACAAUGAUGGAAAGAAAAACAAUCCAGCUGUGGUUAUUAUAGGCAACAAUGGACAAAUACAGUAUGAUCAUCAGAAUGAUGGUGCCAAUCAAGCUUUGUCAAGUUGCCAGAGGGACUUUCGUAAUAAGCCAUAUCCUGUCCGGGCAAAGAUUACUUAUUACCAGAAAACAUUGACAGUGAUGAUCAAUAAUGGCUUUACACCAGAUAAAGAAGAUUAUGAGCUUUGUGCUAAAGUGGAAAACAUGGUAAUCCCUGCACAAGGGCAUUUUGGAAUAUCUGCAGCAACAGGUGGUCUAGCAGAUGAUCAUGACGUCCUUUCUUUUCUGACUUUCCAACUGAUUGAACCUGGAAAAGAAACACCUGCCCCUGAUAAAGAAAUUCCUCAAAAGGACAAAGAAAAGUACCAAGAAGAGUUUGAGCAUUUUCAACAAGAACUGGAUAAAAAAAAGGAAGCUUUUCAGAAGGACCACCCUGAUAUUCAAGGGCAACCAGCUGAAGAAAUCUUUGAGAGUGUAAGUGAUCGGGAGCUAAGACAAAUUUUUGAAGGGCAAAAUCGCAUCCAUCUUGAAAUCAAGCAACUCAACCGACAAUUAGAUAUGAUUCUCGAUGAGCAAAGAAGGUAUGUCUCUGCCUUGACAGAAGAACUCUCUAAAAGAGGACCUGGUAGCCCAGCACAGCUUGGACAGACCCCUCCGCAAGAGCUUGAUACUGUGGUGAAAACCCAGCAAGAGGUUCUAAGACAAGUGAAUGAAAUGAAGAAUUCCAUGGGUGAAACCCUCAGGCUGGUCAGUGGAUCCCAGCACACUGGCACAGCAGGCAGCGUAUAUGAAACAACCCAGCAUUUCAAUGAUAUCAAAGAGCACCUUCAUGUAGUAAAGAGGGAUAUUGAACACUUAAUACAGCGAAAUGUGCCAUCAAACGAAAGACCAAAAUGCCCAGAACUACCACCAUUUCCAUCUUGUUUAUCUACAACUCACUUUUUAAUAUUCGUAGCAGUACAAACGAUGUUGUUCAUUGGUUAUAUCAUGUAUAGGACUCAGCAAGAAGCAGCAGCCAAAAAAUUCUUUUGAUCACCAUUUUUGUACAUGUAUGUAUGCACAGAACUUUGACUGUAAAUGAGGGAAUUUUUAUGUGUUUAAAUUUCUUCAAUAUUCUAAAUUAUUAAAUUUUUUUUUGUUAAAAUUACUUGUUUAAAUGUUAAAUUGUGGUAAGAAUAAACCUUACAGAAGUGAGAACUACCAGAAAAACUGUGCACAGUAUAUAACUUUAUUUAAAAUUUAUUGAAUUUAUGGUUGAUGGUAAAACAGCCAAGAAAUAGUACAUUUAUUUCCAGUGUGAUUAGGGUAAGAAAAAUUAGGGGCAUGCCUCUCAAAUAAUGCUUAGCAUAUUUGAUUUCUGAGGCAGAAAGUUACUCAUAAGAAUAUGACAUUUUAAGGAUGAUAUUUAAAAGAAAACAUUUCCAAAAUUAAGAAGUUGACCUAAAGUACAAAGUAUAUAGUUCCCCUAUCAUGGUGGUUAGAGUAACCAAAGUCUUUAUAAUGUAUGAAUCAGAAAGUCCUAAUCAAAGACCUGCUCCUGUAAUCCUUUUAUGUUAUUGUAACUCUGAAACCAAGAUCAUUUUGCCCAAGGAGACCUUUUUUUUACGAUCAAGAUGUUAGCCUGUGUGGAACUCUUGUUUUUUUCCCCUUCAAAUGUAGACAGUAUAUUUUAUUUCAAUAGGAAGCUGUGGGGGAAAAAAAAGUUAAGCUGCUUUUUGCCUAAUUUUUUCAUUUUGAUGACAACAUUCUUCUGAUUAACGGUUCUUACGGGUAUUUUGUCUGCUGAUAGAUUCAUUUCAUGCUUUUGAAUGCCUUUACCUCAAGAAAGUCACUUAAAUUUGCUUUUAAGAUAGUUUUUUUUUUUCCAAUUUGUAGUUUAAAUCAGUUUUAUCAUAUUUUAAAGUACAGCAUGUAAAUUCAGCUCUGGGGUGCAUGGGAUUUGAACAUUGUAAAUAACACAAAAGUAACCACUGCAUUCAAGUUAUAAUGCCAUUUCACUACACAACCCUAAACACAUGAAUUUGUUCUAUACCCUAAAAGUAUGGUGGGAGAUUGUUCCUCAUUGUAGUUUUUAAGAAGUAUAAAAAGGAGGGUAGAUAUUUGUGAAUUUUUUAAGAGCUUCAAGUUAAUAAUGCAUUUGUCAGUGGGGUUUGUCUUUUAAUGUCUGAGUAUAAAGGGUCUUCAUAAACUCCUCGCAGUUAUUACAUUUCUAACUUCUGAGCUUUAAUGAUUGAGGAUUUAAGUAUGAUUUAAAAAUAAUAUGUUUGUUGCAUUUAAAAGUCUAUCAAAGAUUUUCGGUUUUUUCUUAUAACUGAACCAGACCUAAAUGUUUCAUGGCUAACAGAACAUGCCUUCUUAUCUACUCCAGCCAUUUUUUGUUUGUCACAAGUUCUGGAAUAAGAGUCCAUGGCAUGUGACUCCAGCAGGUCCCAAGCUAGUGACUUUUUAAUCAAACUUACAGAUCAUUUCUCUCAUGCCUAUAACCUAUACAAGGACUCUAUGAAGACUCUGGUUUUGCAAUACUCUAUUAGUGCUAUUAUGUGAACUAACAGUCGUAGUAUUAUAGCCUCUGUGAACAUUUGUUCUGGGGUGAUAAAUGAGAAUAUUACAGUAUGUGAUGUUUCAUUCCAUCAUAUUUACUUCUCGAUAAUAGGAAUGGAUUUAUUUUUUCCUUUAUAACAUUAACAUUUUAAAAUCCAUUUGGACACAUGGAUCAUUUCAAGAACAUUAUCAUAAAAUUUCUUCUUUUUUAGCAGACCAUGAGAAAUUUUUAAUAUCUUCAAAAGAGUGGUUAGUUUGUAAAGUAUGAAAUUCAUGCUGAUCAUCCCUAAGUAAAAAGCUGCCAAAUCCAGUAUUAAAAACUCCACAGUCACACUGUGCCUGAAACAUUGAAGGAAUACCAAAUCUAUGCAGUACAUUUUUGUCAGGCUAGAAUUCAAGUGGUCUCAUUCUGAUUACAGCCUAGACGAGUCAGUACCUCUACUAUAUCAAGAGGGCAUAAUCAUGCAUUUUAAAUUUCCUAUUCUCUUGGAUAUUGAAUUGCUUUGAAAACAUUGAGUAGUUGGGAUGGGGCAGUUAAAUCCCAUUAAUUGGGUCUGGUUUAUCUUCCUCAAAAUAAUUGAAGAAAAAUGUUCAAACUUGGUGGGGGAAAAAAGUCACUGCCAGGAUUCUUUUACUUCUUUGUUAUUUUGGGUAAUUGAAUUUAUUUACUCUCACACCAGCAAAUAUUUUACAGGGUGCCUUGGAUUAAAACAGAUUUUAUUUAGAAUAUAUCAGUGUUUUUUGUGCUCAUAAAACCACUUUUUAAAGAAUGCAAUAACAUGAUGAUUGUUAACUCCUCAUUUAAUGUACCUUUUUCAUGUUCCAAUUUUCCAGCUAUGUUUUAUUUCAUUCAAAACUUUAAAAUAGUAAAACCAUACAAGUACACUGUAUAUUAUCUGUUGAAAGAGCCUAAUAACACCUUCUCUGUUUUAGAACUAGUGAUAUAACAUAACUUUCAUCAUCAUUGAUCCCUUAAGCUUUUGUGCACUGAUUCUUUUGUACACAUUACUUCCUUAAUGCCCUUUUUUUAAUAAGGAACAAUUGGUAUAUAUUGUUAGCCACCCAGAAUGUUGUCUGACUUCUAAGUCAGCUUGAUAAUGACUUUUAAACUCACUGACAUUCAAUCCACUAUGUUAAAUACCAUCUAAAACCUGCCUACCAAAAAGCUUCUUGCAUUUAAUGGUAGUCAUGGUUGUGUUGUCUUGUAUAAAGUUAAAGAUUACUUUUUAAUAACAAAAGCAAAAUAGGGACAGGAGAAACUACUUGAAUAGGGAUUGCCUGGCAUAAUACAUUACAAAGAUACAAUCUUUGGGAAAAAAUGUAAUGUUGACUAUUAAAAUCUGGUGAUUGGAUCUCCCUGACCAAAUGUUCAUUUCAGGGACAUAGUUUUUAAAAAAAUUGUAUUGGUGUUUAAAAACAAGAUUUGAUGUAAAAUCUAUACUUGCAACUUUUUAGAUCUGUCUGUUGCCUAUUUAGGAGAUAAUUUUAUUGAUGUUGCUGUAAAAUUGAAAAAAUUUUCUAGCCACUGUCACUUGGAUACUAUUUCUCAACUUAUUUUUGUUUUCUGACUAAUGUUACUUGAUGCUAGCUGGAAUUCAAGAAAAGACAUUAACCUUAUACAAAUAAAGAAAUAUUUUAUUAAAA